UUUCCAUUAACGUGUCAACAACAUUUAAACGUAAUGAAAUAUUAAAAUACAUCGUAUUAAUAAUGCAUGUACUGUCAUGUAUAAUUGAUUUUUAAAGCUAUAACUCAUCAGAAUCUUUAAAAGAAAUAAAUGACUACGAGUUUGUAACUCUUGUGAAAAAGUUUGUAAAGUUGCUAGUUUAUAAUUGUGCAAGAAAACCCGGUUUAUAGGAAUCUUUUUUUGUUUACUGGUCAGAUGCGACAUCACUCUUAGUGAUGUCGCACUUACGUAUCUUCAGCCCUGCGUGCACGCGUACGUGUGCACGAAAUACCUGUAGAGCGCACUAUAUUUAUAGCUAGAGAUAAAUAUACAUUUUGGCAUCGGUCCAGAUCAUAUACGUGCGGGUCUGAGGCGAGUUAGGGCCUAACCCCCGUAAUAGCAGCACCGUAUCAGCGGUAUUAGUGACGUCUGUCGACGUCUGUGAUCGUUGCAAGUACUUAUUUAGAGAGAAAGAGAGAGAGAUAGAGGGGAAGAAGAAAGAAGGAAAAAAAAAAAAUAAGUGUGCAAGUGAAGAACAAUCGAAACAUGUAAAACGUACCGCGAAAUUUAAGAGACACUUUGAACAAGUGCAUUCGUUACGCCUAGUGAUAAGAUUAGACGUCGAGAUUACUUCACGUAUUAUGCGCUGCUGCUGGCCGAUUUCGUUCGUCUAGAGAACUAGAAGGGAUUUCCCUUAUGUCGUAUCCUCGAAAUGGAAGGUGCGCUCGUGAACAGAGGGCUCGAGUAUUCUUAACGACGCCUGCGACAAAUUUAAUCGCACCCGCUGGCUGUAUUUGGGUGAACGUCGAUCAAGUAAACUCUACUCCCGUCAGUAUCGAUUGUCCAUUGAACAAGCUGUUUACACGUUAGAAUCUUGAAACACACGCCGGGACGUAUCUUGCGACCCAUGUGACGCUCGCAUACGAGAUAUGCCUCUGCCGGAAAUCAUUUUUGAUUACCAAUUUUCUCUAGUUUUCGCUCGUUUACGGUGAAUGCACCACAUGUAUUCCUCGAAGAAAGGAGAUCCUCUCUGUCCCCUUGGUUUCCAUCCGCAAGUGCGAUGGCCGACCCGUUGCAAAAGAUGCUUCAGAGAUUACAAGGAACACGGAGGGAAGAAAGAUAGUUUGAGGGAUAUCGCAUCAUCGUCUCCAAGUUUAUCGUACGACCAAUCUUCAGGCCGAUCUGCCGAAAAUGGGAAGCGUGGUUGGUCCUCGGCAACGAACUUGGCAAAGGAUGAUUUUAGAGGAAGUUCCGAGUCGUCGUACGCGGCGACUGGUUGGACUUCGCUCAUGGAUCUCUCCGCUAUCGACAACGAAGAAGAGAGAUUGGAAGAUAGGAGGCCAACGAAGUUACAGAUCAAAGAAGUCAUUGAUAACAGCAACGAGAGCGCUUCGGAGAAUGAUGUCGAGUUUAUAAUCCAGGUGAAGAAGUCGAAGGUCGGCUGUUCGAAAAGCAGCGAAAAGAAUGGGGAACGGCGAAUAAAAAGCGAGGAAUGGACGGAAAAAACCGAGGUCGAGCAGUUAAGGCUACAAGUGAGAGAAUUACAAGCACGAUGCGAGAGAGUGGAGAAGGAGAAGAGCGAGAUCUUAAUGAGGCGGUUGUCAACCAUGGAAACCAUAUCGAGCAAGGCUUCGCCGAAUGAAAUACAAAAGCUACAGAAGAAAAACGAAGCGCUCGUGCAAGAAAAGAACAGUUUAUUGACCAAGAUCAGAGAGUUGGAGAAAGAAGUGAACUCAAAAAUAAUCAGAGGAGAACGAGAUCGGGAAAAGGACGAGCUACGCUCGAAAUUGAAGGCGGCGGAGAACUUGUGCGAGAACUUGAUGGAUGAGAACGAAGACAUGAAGAAAGAAAUCCGACAACUGGAGGAGGAGAUAUACGAACUGCAAGAUACUUUUAGGGAUGAGCAAGCGGACGAGCACGUUCGUUUGCGAAAAAGUUUGGAACAGUCGAAUAAGAAUUGUCGAAUCCUGUCGUUUAAGCUGCGGAAAGUCGAGCGGAAGGUGGAGGAGCUAGAAACUGAGAAGACUAAUUUGGAGAAAAAAUAUGACGAGACGAAGAAGGUCGAGGAAACGUUGCAAAAGAUUAAAGGGGAGUUUCAAAACAGGCCUCUGAAAAAGGCAACUGAAUUUACGACUAAAGUACAGUUGAAAAAGAUGGUGGAGGAGAUGGAAAAAGAAAUAGGAGAUAUGAUGAUUGUCUUCACGAAUAUCUCUGACGGGAAAGAUGUAAACAUCCAGGAUAUGAAACUCAAGGACAACCACGCGAAAUACGACAAACUUUCAAAGGAGCACGAAUUACUUAAGGAGAAGCUCGAUUCUGUUAUGAAAGAAUUAUCGGAUGAGAAAGAGAAAAAGAAAUCGAAUGUUAAGAUAGAAGAAAAAAGUACAGACUUGCAGAACAUGAAAAAGAAACUGGAGGAGGUAGUGACAUUGAGAGAAAACGAAAGGAAAGCAUGGGAUCAGGAGAAAACAGCACUGCUUGAGGAGAAAGACAAGUUGAAGUCGAAGCUCCUCUCUCUAUCCGCGGAGAAACUCAAAGUGUACAAUGAGACUGUACAACUGAAGAAGGAUCUGGAAACAGCAAAGACGUUGGAAAACGAUGGUGUAAAGUUGGAGAAAACGAUAAGCGAUUUGAAGAAAGAAUUGCUUCAGGAACGAGAUAAGUCCAAGAAGCUGCAGGAUGACUUGUCAGCGUAUACGGAACGAGAAUCAAAAAUGAAACAAUCAAUGACAUCGGUUGAACAAACAAAGACUAAGCUUGACAGUGAAUUAAAACGCUUGAAGAAGGAAUUGGAGAAUACAAAAACGUCCAAUUCCACGAAAAUAAAUGACCUGACCUCGGAGGUCGCGGAAUUGAAGAAAGAAAGGGAAAAAUUAUUGUCACAGAUCGAUCAGGAAAAAGAAUCGAAGGAGAGUGAACUUGCAACCCUAAAAAAGAAGAUUAGCACGUUGGAGAAAACAGGAAUGAAUACAAAACGCAUGAAUGAAAUGAGACACACGUACAAUGAAAAGAUUUUAAUGUCUUACAUUUCAGAUUUGGAAAACGAACUGAAGAAAGGGCAGAUAGAGUACGACAAUUUAAACGAGAAGUUCAAGGAAUUGACAAAUUUAAGAAAGCAAUAUGAAUCGGAUAACGAAAUUCUCAAUAGUAAAUUGCGAGAACAAAGUACAGAACUGAUGGGUAUUCGCAAAGAAUUGGAAUCAAUGCGACAGUCAACGAAACUAAAAGAAAGCGAAUGGCGAUCGGAAAAGUCAGCUCUAGAAAAUCGUCUGCGGGAGAGCGAAAUGCCAAACAAAAUUUUGAUAACAGAUUUGAACAAUGACAUAAACAAUCUGAAAAAAGAAAACAAUACGUUAGUAACACGAUUGGAAGAUUUAAGAAAAGCGAAUGACGACCUUUCUGACAAAUUGAAAGAUUACGAAGCAGUGUCAAAGAUUCAUCAAGUUCUGACGCCAGACACCACGGCUCUGGAGUCAGAGAUACGAAAAUUGAAGAACGCCCUUGAGAACAUGGAAAAAGCGAAGAAAGCUGAUUUAGCUCAAUGCAAAAUGCGUUACGAGCAUAGAAUUGCUGCUAUCAACGAUGAAAUUCAAGCCAUUCAAAAUCAAUUGUCCAGGUACAAACGCGAGCGCGACACGUACAAACAUAUGUUAGAAGGUGCACAGAAAACUAUCGCAGAGUUAAAGUCUGCUAAAGGCAGACAGUCGAAUGCAUCUUCUGGGAAGUCUGACGAGGAAGAGGAAGUGUCUGGCGCGAGUAAAUUGGUUCUAGAAAGGCAAAUCAACAGCUUGGAAGACGAGCUUUCUGAAACAAGACUAGAAACAUCUAGAUUGAAAGCCGAGUUGGUGUCUGAAAAGUCGGCGAGUCACGUUAAAGUAUCUGAAUUGCAAUCGCGAAUUAACGAGCUCGAAGAAGAGAAAGUGCUCACUAGUGGCAGAACAAAAAUCCCAGGACUGAAAGUUCGUAUGGAGUUAGCGUGGCAAAAAGAGAGGGAAGAGCAUCAGAGGCUACUGCAGGAGACUGCUACGCUGGCGAGGGAUUUGCGACAAACUUUAUUUGAACUUGAAAGAGAACGUUCCAAGGAACGACUGGAAAAUAAGAGACGACAAGACCAAUUGAAAAAGGUGUACGACGAAGAGAAGGAAGAGAGCAAGAAAAAAUUGUUGGAGUUACAAUGCGAUUUGCUUGAAUUAAGGGACGCUCAUGCGAAAUUAAGGACUAGCAACGAGAAAAUGAGACGCGAAAAGGAACGUCACGAGAAGGAGAGGGAAGAACUCAAAGAUGUGAUUUUAAAGAAAUACAAACAGGAGCAGAUCGAAAUGCGAAAUCUCAAUGUACUGAUGCAACAAGUUAAUGACUUAAUGAAACUGUUCCCCGAGUUGAACGGGAUAGCAGAAAAUGGCACUGCAAAUACUUACACACCGACUCCACCGAGACGAUUAAAAGGGCCAAAAUCGAGAGAAUCGUCGCCAUUGUCGGAUUCGAGAAGCGACAUAAGGGGUUCAAAUUCUCAACUUGGUGAAAGAACAGAAAAGUUAGAAUACACUGUUAAAAAGUUAAUGGACGUGGCGAAAGAGUUGAAAGAAUCGAAGAAAGCAGCGGACGAAAUAAACACAACACGAUUGAAAAAACUUGGCAAGAGAUCAACAUCUGUGGAAAGUGAUCCGGGUAAAGGUAUAACAACAUCUCGUUCGAAACCACGUUUAAAAAGAAAGAGUCUAUCUUUGGAACAGACAUCAGCACGAAAUGAAGAAUCACGCAUUUGGGGCACUGAUAGCAACAUGUCCAGUUUGCAAUCAUUAGAAAGUUCGGAUGCUGAAGGACGAGCUCUAAGUUUGCAGAGAGAUUCCAGUGUUGACAGUCGCCUCUCUACUGGUUCUACUAAGAGCGAGAUGUUGGAGCGAGAAAAGAAGCACAGUAAAGGUAUAAUAAAAAAGAUAACGACCAAAUUGACUAAAUCAGCUAGCAUGGAUGACCCAAAUAUUUCCAUGGACCUUUCUCUUCAGACAUCGGGAUCGGAGACAAGUAUCAAUGAAAAGACUGAAAAGAAAAAUCUGAAGAAAAAGUUGACAGAUAUGUUCAAAAGAAGUUCAAGAAGCAACAGCGUAGAGAAGAAGAUAAAUUCCACGAGUCAAAGUAGGCCGGCAUCGAGAAACUCCACAACCUCGAACAAAUAAUUCAAUCACAAAUUCUAAAGAGAAUAUAGCAUUACCGACACUAUAAUAUCGUUAAAUUGUACAACGAUAAAAAAAAUUCUAAGCAUUAAAUAAUGUAAAAAUAAAAACAUAUAAGGAUAUAUAUUCUUGUAUAUAUCGAACUAUCUCAAUAUCGGAUUUGCACAAGCAUUUUCAAAUAUUUCAUUGAACAUAUACAAGGCACCGUACGAUGAUGCAAAUAAAAUGGAACGUAUAAUAAAUACUUCAUUU